UCACAUGCGUUCGAAAGUCCGUGGAGGAAAGAUGGCGAACUUCACGCUCCCAAACUUGACCUUGAAAAACGAGCCGUUUACGCGAAAUGAAGGUCUUCAGCACCUAUUACUGGUUGAUGGACUACAGAUCAACGAAGAAGACUCGCUCUAUUUCUCAGAUAGUGAGGACGAAGAGCUUUUCAUGGAGAACACUGGCCUCAACAGCCACACAACUGUGACAGUCCCCCUGACACAAGAGUGGAUGUCUGAGCUGGAAUGUAAUGUUGAUGAUGGUUUUGGCCCUUACUUCAUCUUGGAGAAAUUUCUAGCAAGUCUUCCAGAGUACAAGACUGAGGUAGCUGAUGAACUGGACAGGGAACUGGAUGUUGAAGGACUUGUUUUGCAAUGUGACCCAGGUACAGGUCACAAUCGGAUGAGUUGCACCUACCAGUGUAGCGAGACAACCGGUGAAACAGUAGCUAAGCACAUCAGUGAUGCAGAUAUUCCUGAGAUUGGCAUCCCAAGUGAAGGGGUUCUGUUGGGCAAUAUUGAACAGAACACCACGGGUUUCCGCACCAAAGGUGCUGGCUUGUUGCCUUUCAACAAAGUUGACUUGGAGGGAUUCAUGGGUCAAGAGAAGCCAGUUUUGCGUGAUGACCCUGGAACUGAAGCAUGGCAGUGCUUGACAAGAAGUCAGGCUGGUUCAAUAUACUAUUCAGAAGAGGAAGACUGGAUGUCUGAUGGGCUGGGACACUACAUUGGUGGUCCUGACGGUGACAACAUGGAGGAGAGACUGGCUCACCACAUAUCCAGUGCACCAAAUGGCCAGCAGCCAGACCGCAAUAGAGAGGGGGAUCCUUCAGAAGUGCCCGACGAACAGUCAGACUGUAGUGCAGAGGAAGCAUCCUAUUGCUAUCUGCUUGAAGUGACUCAACAGUACCCUUUGGACCUGUUUGAGGUGGACCAACAGUCAGGAAGUGGUACUGAGGAGGUGUUCUCUCUCCUGGAUCCCUUUGAGGUUCCAAUGGUGGCCAAGUGGCAAAACAGUAAUCCUGAGCACAAAGCUGUGGUGGUGAAGAGGCUGUCGAGGUACGACCUUUUCUACGGUCCCACACACCGUGCACGUUCCCCAAGCUGCCCUCUGAUUGGUGAACGUGGUGACAGCAGGGAACGCAGCCCCAUAUGCAGUGACACAAGUGAGGUGUGUGUACUGGAACACAAUGCUUCGCAGUGCCACAAAGGAAAACACAAUGGUGUAAGGGCCACCAGAAGAACAGCAAUGCAGACUGUCACCUGGAAGACACAUUGUAGCAUCAGCAACCGUACACCAUGCACUGUAAACCUGUUACUUGGCUGCCCCUUCUGGCUUCUUCUCAUGGGUUUACCCAGUCUUGUCACAGCAAUGAUUGAUGCCAGACAAAAUCUGGGUAAGCUCUUGGAAAAAAGCCCACAGGGGCAGCCACACUGGCAACCUCUGAUGGUGCAGAAAACAACUCUUUCAUCAGCUAACAUACAAGGUGGAAGACCUGUUCUCUGUAAUGUCAGAGCUUGCAUGGCAACUGGCAUCCAGUUGUCGGGGAUAUACCAGUGGCUGCCCCCAUUUCUGUGCACCUACCAGUGUGAGCCCUAAUGGAAUGUCCCUCUGAUGUUUAGGACAACUUGGUGGGCAUCACACUGGUUGGUGCACUGCCCCUUUGGAAUAGGUGAUGCACCUGUUCCCAAAGUGGGCUUGUUUCUUGUGCGGUGUUGGAUAUCGUGUAUCUGUACAUGUACACCUUAUAUAUAUAUAUUUUAUAGAAUUGUUAAGGCUCCUACUGAAAACUCUGAAAUUCAAAAGCACUUUGGUAUUUCCAACAUUUUGAACUCAGUAUAGCUCUGGGCAGUUUUAUAUCGUAUACCUUACCUGUCAACAUCAAAGUAAAAGUACAAUGUCUCUUAAAUUUACACUAUACCAAAUUACUGAGGACUGCAGCUUUCUCUUGUAUGUAUGUUUCCUGGACACAUUUACUGGAGGAGCAGAACUGUGUUGAUUGAAGAUAAACAUUUGAAAAUCUGAUUGUAUAACAUAAUUUGAAGCCAUGGAAGAAGAUAAGUUUUUAAGGAAUCAUGAGUAGUCUGCUCUUAACCAAACCCUAAUGUGAAUGAUUUUGGAGUCAAAGACUUUUUAGAGUGAGUCUGAUACAUUGUAGUUUAUACAUGUACAGUUUUUA